CGUACGUGGGGUUGUCUAAGACAAGCGGUUGUUUAAAAAAGUUGGCUUCGCGUCUUGAUCCUAACUCUUCUUCUCUCCUAUAAUUCUUUUUCGUUAUUGUUUGCUACUUUCCUUAUCUGUAACCUACAAAACCUAUAAAUAUUCUCAAGCAUCGUUUCUUUACACACUGCGACACGUGUUGAACGAAAGAUCUACUGUGUUUCAAAAGCAGGUCGCCAUUUGCAUACCAAGAACGACCAAGAACAACCAAGAACAACCAAGAACAACCCCUACCUACAUUCCAGAAAUAGCAACUUGUUUCUACCUGUCUACCGCCAGCUUUAUCUUUCUGGGUCACAUAGUUGGCUUUGGGAUACUUAUUACCCUACCUUUUGCUGCCUCUGCCCACCUAUCUACCUGAAAAAAAAACAUCGCAACCCUUCUCAACUUUUCCUUUUUCUCUGGUAGAAAAACACAUAACAACAUAAUUUUUAAAAAUAAAAUAAAAAUAAAAAAGCACAGCAAUGGCUCCUCCAGCUGCCAUCUCACCGGUCAGCCCCGGCACACCUGAGCCCAUCUUCACCAAGGGCGGGCCAGACACCAACCUGACCGCCGCAGCCAUCAGUCACAAGACUACGCCACAGGCCUCCGAGUACCAGGAGCUCGACGCGUCCAAGCUCAUCUACAACCUCACCACCAGCCCCAAGACCCUGCCGGACUACGACGCGGCAGGCGUCGCCUCCGAGACCAUCUGCACCGACCACAUGGUUACGGCGACGUGGGACGCUUCCACGGGCUGGUCCGCUCCGACGAUCAAGCCCUAUGGACCCCUCAGCCUCAUGCCCACGGCCUCGGUCCUCCACUACGCCACCGAGUGCUUCGAGGGCCUCAAGGCCUACCGCGGCUACGACGGCAAGCUGCGCCUGUUCCGCCCGGACCGCAACGCAAACCGCAUGCUCAUGUCGUCGACGCGCAUCGCCCUCCCAUCCUUCCCACCCGAGGCCCUCGAGCGUCUCAUCAUCGCCCUCAUGGCCGUAGACGGUCCCAAGUGGCUGCCGCGCGAGAGGCCCGGCACGCUUCUGUACCUCCGCCCCACCAUGAUCGGCACCCAGUCCCAGCUGGGCGUGCAGGCACCCAAACAGGCCAUGCUCUUCAUCACCGCCUCCUACUUCCCCAAGAUGGAUUCUCCCCCCGGCGGCAUGCGCCUGCACACCUCGCCCGAGGACAUGGUGCGCGCCUGGGCUGGCGGCUUCGGCUACGCCAAGGUCGGUGCCAACUACGGCCCCUCGCUCCUGGCCACCAGGGAGGCCAAGUCCAGGGGUUACCACCAGAUCCUGUGGCUGUACGGGCCCGAGGGUUACUGCACCGAGGCCGGGGCGAGCAACUUCUUUGUCAUCAUGAAGAACAAGCAGACGGGUCGCCUUGAGAUGAUCACCGCCCCGCUCGACGACAGGGUCAUCCUCGGUGGCGUCACACGCAUGAGCGUCCUGGAGCUGGCAAGGUCGAGGCUCGGAGACGAGAUGGACGUCGUUGAGCGCCGCUACACCAUCGACGAGGUCUUUGAGGCCUAUGCCGAGGGUCGCAUCGUCGAGUCGUUUGCGUCUGGAACUGCUUACUUUGUCUGCCCCAUCUCCUUGAUCCACCACCGCGGCAAGGAUGUCACAAUCCCCAUGGGCGAAGAAGGCCAGGGUGGCAAGUACACCUCGCAGCUGAAGCAGUGGCUCAAGGACAUCAUGUACGGCAAAGUUCAGCACGAGUGGGGAGUUGUCGUGCCCGAGGAGCAGUAAAGCAGCCAUAAUCUUCUUUUCUUUUCUUUCUUUCUUUUUCUUCCUUUUCUGUCUCAUGAAAUAUUGACGACCUUUUCAAACGAAAAAAUAUUCGGCGUCGGGAUCAUGAGGGUUCUAUUUGGCGUUAUCAUAAAAGAGGAAACGGAGUUCAAGGCUUGGGCGGUAUUCUGCGUCGCUCAAAACAGCACAACAUUUUCACUUACGUUUUUCUAGACAUGUCGGCACAAGGUCGGGUGCUUAUGGGGAAGCUCAAAGUAAAUAACAAUCCUGGUCUAGAGUAGACAAUUCAUAGCAAAAUCUGAGGUGAAGCUAAAUGGG